AUGCAGAAUUACAACUAUCAUCUCAGUUUCUGGGAUGAACAGGAUAACGGAGUUAGAAUACUGCUGGAUCACGUUGCGGCAGGCAUUGAGUCUUGCAAGGGUCUUGCAACCUUCUUCGAAGAACGGAGCAAGUUGGAACGUGACUACGCUCGCAGGUUGAGCGCAGUGGCUAACAAAAUGCGGGCCGGGCUCGAAUCUAAUCCCGAUUUUGGCAAGCUCGAUGCAUGCCUCAAGACGUUACAUGUGACGCAGGAAAAAUUAGGGCAAGCGCACGGCAUGCAGGCGCUAAUAGUUCAGCGAGACGGGCACGCCGAGAUGCGUGAAUUCACGCAGAGCUUGCAAGCGCGUUACAAGACCAUAAGCACCAAAAUCCGCAAUCUGCGCGACGACAAGGUUUCAAAACGGCACUUGUGCGAGGUGUUGCGUGAAAAGCUGGACAGAGCAGAGGUCGAGUUGCGGGAUUGUCAGCUAAAUCAGCACAACACGUUGGGCAAGCGCGACGAAUCGCAGAACGACAGACAGUUCCUAAAAUGGAAAAGCAUUGUGGCAGAGUUGCAGUCCAAAUCUGAGGUUCUGAAGCAAGAGUACAGAGCUUCCAGCAAGCAUUGGCUGCAAGAAUGGUCGAGAAUGAGCCUGGAACUCCAAGAUCUUGAAAAAGAGCGGAUCGAGUUUGUCAAGCUCAAAAUGCAACAAUUCGCCAAAGCAUGCGGUGACGCUGCUGUUGAAGAACAAAUAAGCAUGGACAAGCUCACACAACAACUGGCAGCAUCGACCGCAGACCAGGACAUAGCGGCUUUUGCCUACGAUCACGGUACGGGUCGUCUUAAAACUAAUGCCAGUUCGACACAAGCCAAAACCAGAGUAGCCUCGAAACACUCCGAAAAUAUGCGUCACCUUUCAUCACGCCUUCAGAAAUCUCGUCUCUCCAGUUACGAAGCCCGCACUACUGUUGAUGAAGGGUACGCAGUAGACCAAGAACGAUCACAUCCGAAACACCGCUCGUCGUAUUUGGAUCCACGAGAGCACGUGGAUUCCGCAACUGGCACAUCACAUCUUGCUCCGCCUGCCAAAGAUGCCUAUACAUCCUCUGAGUCAUCUCAGGAAUCCUCAAAUCCGACCGAUUUCACAUCUGGCGUAAGACAUCGCACAAGCGCUGAAUCCAUGUCAACGUCAAUAUCCUCUCUUGCGAAUAGUAUAGAGGAUUCACAACGAUUUGCCAAAUCGUGGAAUUCUCAGAAUCGAAGAAAAUCAAAGACGCAAUCACAACUAUUGAAUUCUGGCGGUUCGGCCACCAAUUAUCACUCCCGGUCGUCAAGCACCGAUACGACUCGGAUUCAUAAAACGUUCAGUCCUUCUACUUCCUCACAGAGACGUAAAUCUAUGGUAUGGUCACAAUCGGCAGAAGAUCCGCUACAAGAAGCACUAGAAACCAUGAGGAGGACCAACCAAGAAAGAUUGUCGUCUAGCGAUUCUCGAGUCGAUGUGCCGGUGAAAUCUCCACAACAUCCAAAGCCUAUGAUUCCAUUUUCAACUAACACUAACGCGGAAAAACAACCCACGUCGAAAAGAGUCAUGGACAGUGGUCACGUUGUUGAGUUGCCUCUCAAAUCGUCACAGGGCGAAAAUGUGCUGCGAUACGCGAGAGCCUUGUACACGUAUUUGGACGCCAACGAACAACAGAUCGUAAACUUCCAAAAAGGAGAUUAUCUGCUAUUGACAGAACAGGUCGACCAAGAUUGGUUCAUCGGCGAAGUGUACGCAAGCCCAUCGAUAGAUCCCCCGUAUCGUAUCGGCAUAGUGCCUCGCAAUUAUAUCGAAUUGCUCACUUAG